CUCUCUUAGCUCUCUCUUGCAAAACCUUCCCUUCUUUUUUUUCCUCGGGUUCAAGCUAAGCUUCUCUUCCCACUCCCUUCCCAGGAAAAAAACAAAAAAAAAAAAAAACAAAAAAAAGAACUAUGAGAACAGACAUAAAUAGCAUCUGGGUGUUUCCUCUUGCAUCCAAAUGCACAGGUUUUACUCAAGAAAACAUUGCAUGGCCGCUUUUUGUCGUCGCCCUCGGUUGGCUGCUCAUAACUCUACUCUACUGGGUGUUCCCCGGUGGUCCAGCUUGGGGCAAGUAUUGGUUCAAAACAUUUUCUUUCAAAUUUGUUGCAAACCCAAUUCCAGGACCUAGAGGGUUGCCUCUGGUAGGCAGCAUGAGUCUCAUGGCCUCCCUCGCCCACCACCGGAUUGCAGCCGCCGCUGAUACAUGCAGAGCCAGGAGGCUAAUGGCCUUUAGCCUGGCUGACACUCGGGUUAUAGUCACGUGUAACCCAGAUGUAGCAAAAGAGAUUCUCAACAGCUCAGUUUUCGCUGACCGCCCAAUCAAAGAAUCCGCUUAUAGCUUGAUGUUCGAUAGAGCAAUCGGGUUCGCCCCCUAUGGUGUCUACUGGCGAACCCUCAGGAGAAUCGCUGCUACUCAUCUUUUUAGCCCCAAGCAAAUAAAAAUUGCUGAGUCACAGAGACGCCUGAUAGCUUCCCAGAUGGUGACUCUGUUCGCCGCUAAUGGUGGUCAUCAUCAUCGCGUUCGCCAAGUACUUAAAAGAGCUUCCUUAAACAACAUGAUGAGCUCAGUGUUUGGCAGAAAAUAUAGAUUAGAUUCUGUUAACAACGAAGUUGAAGAGCUGAAAGAACUAGUUGAUGAAGGGUACGAACUACUGGGAACUCUAAACUGGACCGACUAUCUCCCUUGGUUAUCCGAGUUUGACCCACAAAAAAUCCGGUUCAGAUGCUCAUCUCUUGUACCCAAAGUGAACCGGUUCGUCAGCAGAAUUAUUGCCGAGCAUCGAGCUCAAACAGGUGGUGAUAGAACACCCGAUUUCGUCGACGUUCUGCUCUCUUCUGAAGGUUCUGAUAAAUUAUCCGACUCUGACAUGAUCGCCGUUCUCUGGGAAAUGAUAUUUAGAGGAACAGACACGGUGGCGGUUUUGAUUGAGUGGAUCCUGGCAAGGAUGGUGAUGCAUCCUGAUGUGCAAUCAAGGGUCCAGGAUGAGCUUGACGAAGUUGUUGGCAGAUCAAGAGCCGUUGAUGAAUCAGACAUGGGGUCCUUGACGUAUCUGACGGCUGUGGUUAAAGAAGUACUGAGGCUACACCCUCCGGGUCCACUUCUCUCAUGGGCCCGCCUAGCCAUCACUGACACAACCAUUGACGGGUAUCACGUGCCAGCAGGGACCACUGCGAUGGUGAACAUGUGGGCCAUAUCAAGGGACCCACAGGUGUGGACCGACCCACUAGAAUUUGUGCCCGAGAGGUUCCUUGGGGAGAGAGUGGAGUUCUCCGUAAUGGGGUCUGAUCUGAGGCUUGCCCCAUUCGGGUCGGGUAGACGGGUUUGCCCCGGAAAGAACUUGGGAUUAACUACGGUCAGCUACUGGGUGGCUUACCUUCUACACGAGUUUGAAUGGACAGUGGGGGAUGACAAGGGUGUUGACCUUUCAGAAGUGCUCAGGCUGUCCUGCGAGAUGGCUAAUCCUCUUACCGUUAAGGUGCAGCUGCGGUGCACCGUAACACUACCGUGACAAAAAGUAAAUUAAACCGAAAAAAAAAAAAAAAAAAAGAAGGUGUGUUUUAUGUGUUUUCUUAAAAUUAACCGCUGUAAAUACAGUUGGAAGUACUACUAUUGCCUCUUUAUUUCUAAUUCUCUCACAUCAA